AUGGCUUCCGAAUCCGCAUUUCUCAACCUCCCCAGGGAGCUUCGCGACGACAUCUACCGUUUCUACGUUACGUUCGAGGACGGGCUAGUGUACAAUUUCGCAUACGGAGAAAAUGAAAACCCGAAAUCUCAAAACAUUUUGGAAAACCUGGCCCCGUCCAACAAGAAGGAUCGUAUCGACCUCGCCCUGAGGUCCACAUGCAAGCAAGUCCACAAGGAAACAGAGGGCCUGAUUCUCAAAUUCAACACUAUCACCUUUUCAAAUACACGCAUUUCGAGAAGCAACUCAGACGAGGUGCGCGUCAGGGCAGCUCAUUUUCACUACCUGCGAGUCCCGUUGACAAUGGACGCUGCGGCAUUCCUGUAUUACGAGGACGGCACAGUCGUACGACCGUGUUACAAUAGUACUGUAGUGGAUGAGGUCGUACGUGCUCACCCUUUCAUCGGCCCACUGUUACGCACUCUUCUCAAAAAGGAUACCCACUGGGCUGAGAUCGGCUCGGCUCACAAGGUCCUUCAAGCUCGGCCACACGACCACUGCCCUGAAGAAGGGCCGGGUCCGACUGGAUCAUGGGGGAUGGUACCCUCAGUAAUGCGGAGAGCCAUCAUGCACGCAUUACAGGUUACAACAGACCACGGCUGCUUCAGGACUGGACCAGCUGCUCAGCGGCCCACCUUCCCUCCUCACACGAUGCUGGCUCUGGACUCUGAAUUCCCGGCUUGGAGUAUCCCCUCCGAUGACGACCUCCUCAAACUGUCUCGCGCCUACGCCUGGAAGACAACCGAGUUCUGCGACAAUACUUACUGCCACUCGAGCCCGAUCUUUCAACACCCGAAUCGACACGGUCCCCUACACCAUUCGGUUAAUGAAUUGGACGGUGAUCCGGAAACGCAGUAUCUCUAUUCGAGAACGGAUUCCGAAACGGGCUUCUCAAAUGACACGAUCACCGAUAACCUCGCCCUCUGGAUUAUGGAGGCCGCAGAUCUUGUCGCGGCGGGAAUGCCGGAGAAUUCAUUUACCUUAGUUCUCGACGGAGCACCGGGGAACGACGUUCUUUUGGACGUGUUCAUGAAUUAUAUCCAACGCGAUGCUGCCUGGCAAAGGGCGUGGGAAAUUGCAUCAGAGCGCGCAACUGGAAAGCCCGAGGCCGAGGAGCCCGAGACAGACGAUCAUUUCAUGCACCUGAGGGGCCCCCGCUGCUACCUUUACGAAGGCUUUCCGCAAGUCAUCCGGGACAGUGUCAACCACAGGUCCAAAGUCAUUAAGUGCACAUUCAACCCCGGUCCGCAACUUUGGGACCCCGAGGCGGAAUUGGACAAGUAUCAGCCCAACUCUGCAGAGACAUGGGACAAACUGCGUCACGAGCAUAGUGGAAAGUUCUAUUGGAGACAGCUCGAGCCCCACGAGCGGUUCCCAGACCUUGUCUACAAGAGGGAAGUUCUUCCCUACGAAUCAGGCGAUGAGUACUUUAGUGACUAG